AUGUCGAAGCCUGACUGGAUUCAAGCCGGCGUUCCUACGCUCGACCGCCCCUUCGGCCUGCAGCUUUGGCCCAUCUUCGAGAAGGCCUACGAGUCGGCCGUCGGAUACAAACCGCAAGACUUCCGCUUCGUGCCUGGCGAGACACCCAUCUCCACGAUCAAGUCGUGCACGGCGAUACUUGUAUCAUACUACAUUAUAAUCUUUGGAGGAAGAGAAUUGAUGCGAAACCGCGAGCCCUUCAAGCUCAACUUUCUGUUCAAGGUGCACAACUUUUACCUCACGGCGAUUAGCGCAAUCCUUCUUGGACUGUUCCUCGAACAAAUUAUCCCGACGGUCGUGCGACAUGGUGUUUUCUUUGCUGUCUGCGACCACGCAGGCGGCUGGACGGACAAGAUGGUCAUCCUCUACUACCUCAACUACCUUACCAAAUUCCUGGAGCUGAUCGACACUUGCUUCCUGUUCUUGAAGAAGAAGCCGCUGACUUUCCUCCACACCUACCAUCAUGGCGCCACUGCCCUGCUCUGCUACACUCAGCUUAUCGGUCAUACCUCCGUUUCGUGGGUCGUCAUUACCCUGAACCUCAUGGUUCACGUUGUCAUGUACUGGUACUAUUUCCAGAGCGCUCGGGGCAUCCGGAUCUGGUGGAAGAAGUACAUCACGAUGAUGCAAAUCAUCCAGUUCGUUCUGGAUCUCGGCUUCGUCUACUUCGCCUCCUGGACCUACUUUACCAGCACCUACUGGCCUCACCUUCCCAACAUGGGCCAAUGCGCUGGCGAGGAAUUCGCCGCUAUCGCCGGUAUUUGCAUCAUCACGUCGUACCUCUUCCUCUUCAUCCUUUUCUACCUUGCGACCUACAAGAAGCCGGUGCCCAAGGGCCGCCGCAGGGCUACCAGCGCUUUGGUCGAGAUGAAGGAUGAGAAGGUGCCGACGGUUGGUGAAGCACGGCGCAGACUCUCCCAGAGCGUGCAUCCCUCAGCUAACGGCCAGGCAACAGGCGUCUCCACCCCGAACAGCCGUGCCACUCGUUCGCGCAAGGCCUAA